AUGGACGACAAUGAUAUGGAAUUCGACAUGUUCCAGUCGAUCAAGCCGACUGAAUUGCCUGCAGCCCCAACAAAGGCAAAGCAACCGGUUGUCAUGAGCGACAGCGAAGAUGAUUUAUCCGAAGAAGAAAAGUUUAUUGCCAAGGAGAACAUGGCCGCGAAUCGCAAGAACAAAAAGUCGGGUGGUUUCCAAUCGAUGGGUCUAAGCCAUCAAGUAUUCAAGGCUGUGUUGCAUAAAGGCUUCAAGGUCCCGACCCCUAUUCAGCGUAAAUGUAUUCCUCUUGUUCUUCAAGGCCAGGAUGUGGUGGGCAUGGCUCGUACUGGUUCUGGUAAAACGGCAGCGUUUUUGAUCCCAUUAUUGGAACGUCUCAAGACCCAUUCGGCCAAGGUGGGUGCUCGAGCUUUGGUCUUGUCGCCUUCGCGUGAAUUGGCCAUGCAGACACAAAAGGUGUGCAAGGAACUCGGCAAACACACUGAUUUACGAAGCUGUGUCUUGGUGGGUGGUGACAACCUCGAUGAUCAAUUCAGCAUGAUUGCCAGCAACCCUGAUAUUCUUAUUGCAACUCCUGGUCGAUUACUUCACUUGGCUGUCGAGAUGGAUUUGGACUUACGAUCCGUUGAAUACGUCGUCUUUGAUGAAGCGGAUCGUUUAUUCGAGAUGGGUUUCGCCGUACAAUUGCAUGAGAUCUUAUCCCGUUUGCCACAAAAUCGCCAAACAUUGCUCUUUUCAGCUACGUUGCCAAAGAUCCUUGUUGAUUUCGCCAAAGCCGGUCUUCAGGAACCUACUCUGAUUCGUUUGGAUGCUGAUACGAAAAUCAGUAAGGAUUUGGAGAUGGCAUUUUUCUCUGUCAAGGAUUCAGAAAAGGAGGCUGCAUUGAUUUAUCUCUUACGACAUGUCAUCAAGUUGCCCAAGCAGACGAAGAACUCGAAGGAAGGAAAGGUGGAUGAUGACAAGAAAAAGAAGAAGCACAUGUCAGCGAGUGAAGAGGAUCGACAAACCAUUCUGUUUGCCGCAACAAAGCACCAUGUUGAAUAUCUAGCCCAUCUUUUGAAGCUUCUUGGAUAUCAAGUCUCUUACGUAUAUGGUUCGCUCGAUCAAUCAGCACGUAGUAUUCAGAUCAAUCGCUUCCGUAAAGGCAUCACCAAUCUGCUUGUGGUCACGGAUGUUGCAGCACGUGGUAUCGAUAUUCCAAUCUUGGAGAACGUCAUCAACUAUGAUUUCAGCAAUUCAUCAAAAGUAUUCGUACAUCGUGUUGGUCGUGCUGCACGUGCUGGUCGACGUGGUUGGGCUUAUUCUUUGGUGACCGCUGCAGAGCUUCCAUACGUUGUCGACCUUGGUCUCUUUUUGACACGUCCCUUGAUCGUUGGCAAUCGACAAAUGGAAAAGGAACAGCAAGACUACACAUCUGCUUUGGUGAUCGGCUCGUUUGCCAAAGACGCACUUGGUGAUGAUAUCGAUUGGGUACGACAAAGGGUCUCUGGUGAUGCUAGUUUGGAAGGCAUGCACAAAACGGCAUCCAAUGCAUACAAGCUAUACACUCGUACCAAGGCUAGAGCUGCUGCUGAAAGCUAUACCCGUGCCAAGGAAAUCAUGAAAUUGGAAGCAUGGAAGGAUUUACAUCCAUUGUUGGUAUCGGAGGCUAAUAUGGAUGAGAGUGAACGACAGCGGUUAGAUAUGAUCAACAUGAUUUCUGGUUUCCGCCCAGCUGAAACGAUCUUUGAAGUUGGAAAGCGUGGCACCAAAAAAAUUGAUGCAGCAACAACAAUCAUGCGAACUCGACGAGCAACAAUGACAGGUGUAAUCACUGCAGCAAAGGAACAAGCUAUCGCGGCCGCCAACGCUGAGCGUGAGCAACUGAAUUCGAUCCCAAGUGCACAAGAGAAGACCACAGACUUAGGAGAAGAUGUAGCCGAUGAAGAAGAGCUUGCGACCACCUUUAAGAUUCCUGAAAGCGAGAAGAAGCAAUCAUCAAAGAAAGAGAAAAAGACGAGUCAUCGUGAUGAGGAAUACUAUAUCCACUAUACACAAAAGGACGCCAAUACUGAGCAAGGUUAUUCUAUGCAAACCAAUGGCAACUUUAUUGAACAAGCGGGUCGCGCCCAAUUGGAUUUGAUUGGUGAUGAUAACGAUGCCAUGAAUCAGAGCCGGCGUAACGCACUUCGGUGGGAUGCCAAGAAGAAGAAAUUCGUAAAGGGUUCGGGUAUUGGUUCAGACAACAAAAAGUUGAUUCGUACCGAGAGUGGUGCUUUGAUCUCAGCAAGUUACAAGAGUGGUCGAUUCGAUGAAUGGGCAAGGAAGAAACGGAUAUCUAUUCCACGCACGGGAGAGAUCGAGCUUUCUUCAGCAAAACAAUUUGCUCAAAAUGGCCAACGACGUUUCAGACACAAUUCGGAUAAUUCUCAAAAGCGUACACAGGAUGGCAACGUUAAGAGUGAGCUCAAGAAUGCUGAACAGAUCCGCAAACAACGCAAGAUCAAGGAAAAGAGGAGAGAAAAGAACGCACGUCCUUCCAAAAAGCAAAAGCGACAUUAA